AUGAAGCUCAGCAUCAACAUCCUCCGCCUAGCCCUAUGCGCCGCCGCCGCCGCCACCGCCUCCGUCCACCUAUCCGAAUCCCAGCUGCGUCAAAACCCCGACACAAUCCCUCUCGCAGAUCUCGAACCCACAACACCCCUCAAACAAUGCUACAACUACUGCAUGGACACGCUCAAGUACAAGGCUCGCCGAGGUGGAAAAGGGGAUUGGAAUUACAUCCGCUGCUUGAAGGCAUGCAAAGAAGAUCCGAACGUGAGUGGGACUAGGAUAAACGUCUGA